AACCCGCCUAGCUUCGCUGCCGUGAGCCAUCACUGAACCGGAAAUGAAGGACUAAUCGCGUUCUCAAAUCUUGACCGUCAGUCAAUGUACCAACGGUGAUCGUCCUUCGAAGCCAAAGUCCCCAAACCACUCGCCGCCGCCGCCGCUGCCAUGCCGCCGUCGCUCGCCGCUGCCGCCGGCUCCGCUGUGCGCGCCACCGCCAUCCGCCUCCUCUGCACCGCCGCCACUGAUACCCCCUCCAUUCCCCACCUCCUCGCGCUGCCGCCUGUCGCCCCAUCCCCCGUUGCCGACGAGCUGGCGCGCCUCCUCCUCGCGCACCACAACCCCUUCCACCCGGCCGAGUCGCCGCUCCAGAUUCUCUCCGGCGGCGGCGUCGCCCUGACCCCAAGCCUCCUCGUGCAGAUCCUCCUCCGCCUCCGCGGCGCAUCCAAGCUCGCGCUCUCGCUCCUCCACGCCGCGCGCCUCCACCCCUCCGUCUCGCGCCCCCCCGCGGACGCCUACGACGCCGUCGUCGACGCUCUCGGCCGCGCGCGCCAGUUCGACGCCGCGUGGCGGGUGGUCGUGGAGGCCGCCGCCGACGGCGCCGCCUCGCCACGCACGUUCGCGGUGCUGGCGAGGAGGUACGUCGCCGCGGGCAUGACGAGGCAGGCGGUGCGCGCGUUCGAUGACGUGGAGGCGUUCGUCGGGAGGGAGCCCGACGCCGGCGAGUUCGCCACGCUGCUUGACACGCUCUGCAAGUACAAGUACCCCAAGGUUGCUACUGAGAUAUUUAAUAAAAGAAAAUACAAGUACAAGCCAAAUGAAAAGAUGUACACUAUUUUAAUUUAUGGAUGGUGCAAGGUAAACCGGAGUGACAUGGCUCAGAAGUUCCUGAAAGACAUGAUUGAUCAUGGAAUUGAACCGAACAUAGUCACAUACAACAUUCUCCUAAAUGGUAUCUGCCGGCAUGCAAGUUUGCACCCUGAUAACCGAUUUGACAGAACAGUUCAUGCAGCUGAGGAUCUCUUGAAAGAGUUGCGUGACAGGGGGAUUGAACCAGACGUAACUAGCUACUCAAUCAUCCUGCAUGUUUACAGUCGUGCACAUAAACCUGAGUUAUGUCUCUGUAUGUUCCGCUCAAUGAAGGAGAGAGGCAUUUGCCCUACUGUGGCAACGUACACUUCUGUGAUUAAGUGCCUUGCUUCCUGCGGGAGAUUGGAAGAUGCUGAGACCUUGCUUGAUGAGAUGGCUACUGAGGGAGUAUGUCCCUCGCCAGCUACCUACAAUUGCUUCUUCAAGGAGUAUAAGGGGAGAAAAGAUGCGAGUGGUGCCCUACAAUUGUACAAUAAGAUGAAUGCACCUGGUUCACCGACUGCACCAGAUAUUCACACUUAUAACAUACUGCUAGGAAUGUUCAUCAAGUUGAACCGACAUGGAACUGCUAUGGAAAUUUGGAGCGAUAUGUGUGAGAGCACUGUGGGUCCUGAUCUCGAUUCAUACACCUUGUUGAUCCAUGGUUUUUGUGACAGUCAGAAAUGGAGGGAGGCAUGCCAGUUCUUCAUGGAAAUGAUAGAGAAAGGUUUUCUUCCCCAAAAGAUCACCUUUGAGACUCUGUAUCGUGGUCUGAUACAGGCAGACAUGCUAAGGACCUGGAGAAGGCUGAAGCGAAGGGUUGAUGAAGAAGCAGCAAAGUUUGGUGAUGAGUUCAAACUGUACCACAUCACGCCUUACAAGAGGUGAUCUGCGCACAAAGUUGUAUUGUGGCCUUAAGACUCUAGCAUAACUGAAGCACAAUUGGAAGAUGUACCUUAUCACUGCGGUCACUCAAAGGUGAAGUCCUUACCAAAGAUGAGCUAACCACUUUGUGGGAGUGGGACUGAUGCAAAGAGCGAACAAUCUAGUGCUGGGUAACAAUGAUUCUGUGUGUUGUGAAUGUGUAGUUGAGCAUGGGUGUGCCGCAUGCUUUUGGUCAGUAAUCUGAUACAGACAGCGAUUCGCUUUUGUGUUUGGGAAAACUUGAAGGUAAACUACUCCUGUUUGGUGCGAUUCUUCAAGUUGCGUACAAGCGACAAACUUUAUUAGACUAACUCCGAACAAUUUCAUCUGUAUGUUGCAAAAAUUAGUUAGCUUGAAAAGCUUGAGUUUAUUGACUGGACGCAAACACUGUACAGCUCAAAGAUGUCGCCAGCAAUAGCAUGAUGUGCUUAUUAGGAGAACAAUUGAAAUAACUUGCUCAUAGGCGCACAAUUGAAGUUAGGUGUUCUUUUUUUUCUUUUUUGCAAACAACAUUAGGUGUUCUUCGGACUGUGCAAGAUUGGAUUGCUUCCUGCUUUGACUGAUAUCAGCUGGCUCGAAAUGCAAGCUCUAUGCAGGCUAUGCAGCAUCAGACUAUGUCCCAGCAUCUACUAGUUGUACUGCUUUUUUUAGCUGACACCCAAAACAUUGGGCUGCCUUUGGUGUUUUACUGUUGUAGCAGAUAGUUACAUCUUACAUGUACCUGUCCUCCAAGCAGUUUGAGUAAUCUCUUGAGGUCACUGUGCCUUCAUGC